AUAUCCGUGCAUCCUUGACAAAGAAGGGACAUUCUUGAGUCUCCAUUUUCAUUUCUAACAGUAAGAGUAGCGUAAGCGUAGCGCGGACAGAGAAGAGAGCAGGAAGAAGGGGCAGUGGUCGUCAUCUCCGGAAGCUAUGGCUAAUGUCUCACAAAUCUUCAUUUACCCAAUCAAAUCAUGCCGCGCUAUUUCAGUUCCCCAAGCACCUCUUACUCCUACUGGAUUUCGGUGGGACCGUCAAUGGUUGAUUGUGAACUCUAAAGGAAGAGCAUACACUCAGAGGGUUGAACCUAAGCUGGCUCUGGUCGAGGUAGAGCUGUCAAACGACGCAUUAUCUGAGGAUUGGGAGCCUUCUGAAACCUCAUUUCUAGUCAUAAAAGCACCUGGAAUGGAUGUCUUGAAGGUUCCCCUGCGUCAACAGCGGGAAAAGGCAGAUGGUGUCUCUGUCUGGGAAUGGUCUGGUGCUGCACUGGAUGAGGGAGAUGCUCCAUCAAAGUGGUUCUCAGAUUAUCUUGGGAAACCCAGUCGUUUGGUUCGCUUUGAUGCAGGUUCACAAUCAAGGAAAGUGGAUCCUAAUUAUGGUCCUGGACAUCGAAUCAUGUUUUCUGACGAGUUUCCAUACAUGUUGAUAUCUCAGGGAUCUCUGGAUGCCUUGAAUAAAGUUCUCCAAAAACCUGUGUCAGUUAACCGCUUUAGACCAAACAUUCUCGUUGAUGGCUGUGAACCAUUCUCUGAGGAUUUGUGGACAGAAAUCAGAAUAGACAAGUUCAUUUUUCAGGGUGUUAGGCUAUGCGCCCGUUGCAAGGUACCUUCAAUAAACCAAGAGACUGGAAUUGCAGAACCUGAGCUGAGUGAAACUCUGCAGCAUUUCAGAUCAGAUAAAGUCCUGCGUCCAAACCGUAAACAGAAGGGACAAGUUUUCUUUGGCCAGAAUUUGGUUUGGAAGAAUUUAGCAGCUGAUGGGAAAGGAAAAGUGAUAAAAGUGGGAGAUAAAGUCGACAUUCUGGGGAAGGUUUCGUCUGCAGCGGAAGCAGUAGCUUGAAUACCGUAAGAUUACUAAUUAUAAAAUACUUAUAAUAAAGCAAAUGCUACUGGGUUUCCUCUGCGUCUGUGACAAUAAAUAUGAAUAAUAUUUCAAGUUUCAACAAAUAAAAGGGUACCGUAUCGUAUUGCAUCUA